CUAAUUUUUGCGUCUUACGCUUUUUGGUUUGGUGUUAAUUACUGUGCAUUUGUAAUAAUAAUAUUAAUUUACAAUGUGUGUAUUCUUAAUUUGGAAAUAAUAUAGUAUUGUGAGUUUUACUUAUCCAUAAUAAUAUUUCGAAAUGGACAGAAAAUACUGUCGAAAAUUUAAAUAUUUCCGCGACCAAAUCGGUGUGCCAGCUGCGGUCGACAAUAAUAACACCGUAGCGACUGAGGAGAAUGAAGAUAACCGAGCGUGUCAUAAAAUUAAAUUGUACAAAUUCAAUUUACUCAGUAAAUUUACACAAGUCGUUGACGAAACACCCCAAGAAACACCACCAGAACCAAAUGUCGAGGAGGAAAUAGCUGUUGAACCAACUGAUGAAGAACAGUUUGAAACACACUCUUUUACCGGAACAUUCAGAGACGAAAAGAGGCGGAUUGAUUUAAUGCUGGUGAUACCUGAUGAUAAAAACCUAGAAGCGGAGAAAAUUAGAACUAAUUUUCUUUUGAAUAUUAUUAAAGCAGGACUCGAAAUCGAACUUGAAUAUGGCUUAAUGGAGAAACACAAAAAUCUUAUAUUUGUUAAGAUUCACGCUCCUGAUAUGUUGCUUGAAGAAUAUGGAGAAAAAUUAGGUGUGAAAAAAUACUUCAAAGAAUGCCAUAUAGAGUACAUUCCAUUAAAAAGAAUAUUUACCAGGAAUUCAGAACGAGAAUGGAUAGAACUAAUACGGAGCAACUACAAGAGCCCAUUGAAUUAUUCCAACCACGAGCGGAGCUUGGUUGUUUAUAAAAUUUUACUUCAAAUGCGAUUCGGGGAGCAUCAAAACAAUUUCGGUUUACAAAGAUUACUGAACAUGAAUAUUAUAGCAGAUGCAUACGCUUUACAUGAUGGGCCUUACUUUCUCACACGCCGUCAGGAUUUCUCUAAAGUGAGCGGUCGGCAAAUAUUAUACUACAACUGGACGGGACUCUGUAAUAUAUUUAAACUACAACCACUCAAUGUAAUAAAUGAAUAUUUUGGGUCCAGGAUAGGAUUUUAUUUCGCCUUUUUGCAGUUUUAUAAUCUAGGCCUUUCGAUAGCCGCGUUGGGAGGAAUCAUUAUUACGUUGCUUGGUAUCUUUGACAAAACAUAUGAAACUGUUUAUAAAGAUGUGUGUCAUGACAAACUCAACAAGACCGUGUGUCCUAGAUGUUCUAGUUUCAUUGGUUGUCCAUUUCUCAAUCUAAAGAAAUACUAUUGCUUCGGAACCAAACUUGUCAACGUACUCGACAAUGGCUAUUUACAUUACUACUGCUAUUUUGUCGUUCUCUGGGGUCCAAUAUUGAUGAUUCUUUGGAGACGUAGAGAGAUGUACUUGCUAUGGAUGUGGGAAUUAUAUAACGUUAAGGAAAUGGUUUCCACAAGACCAGAAUUUUCGAUGAAUUAUAGUAAACCGAAUCAAUCUACAGAUACCGGAUUAUGGAAAUACUAUAACAGCGGUAUCAUGAAAUGGCUACGCUGGAUUUUAUCCGCUUCCUUUGUUAUAAUAUGUAUAUUUUUAUCGUUUUUUAUUCCAAUCAAACUGGUUAUCUACGAGUACGAUACACUUUUGGAGAUUUUGACUCCGGACAAGUUUCCGAACAGCUUCGAGAAAUACAUGAGAAUAUCCAUUUUUACGAUUAUCGUUUUGACAGUAAUGCUGUUGUAUGAAAUGGUUUGUCGCGUAACGGCCAUUUUCGUGACAAGAUUAGAAAAUCACAAAACAGUCGAAUCGUAUGAGCGUUCUAUGGCCAUGAAACUGGUAAUGAUUAGUUUUUGUGCUACAUUCCCGAUAAUGAUACAUUACUCUUGGUUCAAAAGUAAUCGUUUUUAUGUACCUGGUCGUAUAUAUACAACCCAAAAAUUCGCCAACUACUAUUUCUUGCGACACAUGUACGCUCGCAACUGCGGUAUUAAUCCUUGUAUUGAUGAUGUGUUCGUAGCACUAACCGUGUCCUUCCUAUGUAAACAAAUUUUGCCCAAAUUUCUGUUGAUUUGCAAGAAUUUAUUUAUUUAUCAAAGAACUGAUUACAAUCAAGGCCGUAAUAUUAAUAAGACGAUCCCUUGCUGGGAAAGAGAGUACAGGUUGCAAUCUAUCACUGAGAGGACGCUGGCUUUGAAAUACAACUAUUUAGCUUUACAAUUCGGAUUUGUUACACUGUUUGUUAGCGCUUCACCAUUGAUACCUUUGUUGGCACUUAUUGUUAAUUUACUGGAUAUAAGAUAUAACGCAAACCAGUUUUUAUUGGCUUCGAGACGAGCUUUAUUGCUCGAUCGUUCUGGUUUAGAUAUUUGGUCCAAUAUGCUCACCAUAAUAUCGUACUUGUCGAUAUUGAGUAAUGCGGUAUUAAUGGCGUGGUCUUCACGAUUUAUAAAAAGACGUUUUUAUCUCAGUAACAAUAAUACUAUGGAUAAUUUUUUUGCGUUUACCACAACAAGAUUUGUUUCACAGGAUUUCUUGAAGUUGAGUACGAUGUCAAAAUCCUUUAAAGCCUACAAAGGAUUCAUUCCCAACGAUUGCUACUAUCCCGGUGUGAUGUUGUAUCUACCUGAAUAUAAGGUGCAGUUUCCAAAUUUUAACAUCUUUUACUUUUAUCCUAAUUAUGUUCCUUUACCGGAGCAUUACCAAAUAAAAACUCAGGAGAAUAGUUCACUAAUAAUUUAUGAGUAUGUCGGGUUGAUGGUUGUCUUAUUAGCUCAAUAUUUAAUCUCUGGUACAUCGAAAGACGUUGAGGACACUAUAAAAAUAGAACGGAAACUGAAAGAAGCUUAUAUCACAUACACAGGAUAAUGCGUUUGAAAUCUACUUGACAAAAUAAAUACUGUAUUAAAUUU